AUGUCUCCGCAUGUACAGGCCAACGCCCGCUUUGACUUCAUUGUGGUUGGCGGUGGCACCGCUGGCAACCUUGUGGCUGGCCGACUUGCUGAGAACCCCAAUGUCAAGGUUCUAGUUCUUGAAGCUGGAGUUGGCAACUCCAAGGACAUCGAGGAGAUCAGAACCCCGGCAGAGGCAAUGGACCUCCGGAACAGCCAGUACGACUGGGCCUAUAAGACAACGAUGAUCAAGCGCGACGACUACGAGCGCGUCGAGAAGCCCAACACCCGUGGAAAAGCCCUCGGUGGUAGUUCCUCCCUGAACUAUUUCACCUGGGUCCCCGGAUCCAAGGGUACCUAUGAUAUGUGGGAAGAAUAUGGCGGGAAGGAGUGGACGUGGGAUCCGCUUGUUCCCUAUCUUCGAAAGAGUGCCACUUAUCAUGACGAUGAGAAGGCCUACUCAGCGGAUCUCAAGAAGAUCGGUCAAGGUGGUCCGAUCCCGAUUGCCCACUCUGAACUGAUCCCCGAGAUGCAGCCAUUCCGGGAUCUCCUUACCAAGGCCUGGAAGUCCACUGGCCAGCCGAUCAACGAGAAUGUCUUUGAUGGCAAAAUGGUUGGCCUGACGCACAGUGUCAAUUCGAUUUACAAGGGCCGCCGCUCUGGGAGUUUCCUGUGUGUUACCGACAGGCCAAACAUCACCAUUCUCCCCGAGGUGCAUUCGAAGCGCUUGAUUAUUGACGAUGCCGAUCGCACUUGCAAGGGUGCUACUGUGAUCACGGCCUCGGGGCAGGAACUGAACUUCUUCGCUACCCGUGAAGUGAUCGUGUCGCAGGGGGUUUUUGAAACCCCCAAGCUGUUGAUGCUCAGCGGAAUUGGCCCUGCGCCAGAAUUGUCCAAACACAACAUUCCCGUCAUUGUCGACUCGCGCCACGUAGGUCAGCAUCUUUUGGAUCACCCGGGCGUUCCCUUCGUUCUUCGAGUGAAGGAUGGCUACGGCAUGGACGACUAUGUCUUGCGAAAGGGGAACCCGAAGCAUAACCAAGCCCUGGCGGCUUAUUCCAAGGGUCACGGUGGUCCGAUGGGAUCUGGAUUCCUCGAGAUGGUUGGAUUUCCUCGGAUCGACAAAUACCUGGAGAAAUCGCCCGAGUACCGAGCCGCAAAGGCUUCCAACAAUGGAGCCGACCCCUUUUGUCCGUACGGCCAGCCUCAUUUCGAGCUUGAUUUCGUCUGUUUGUUUGGCAGCGCCUUCCAGUGGCAUUAUCCCACUCCCAGCAAGGGGAGCUAUAUUACUGUGAUGGUCGAUCUGGUUCGCCCAGUCUCUGACCCUGGCGAGGUCACUCUGAACAAUGCAGACCCCCUCCAGCAACCCAACAUCAACUUGAACUACUUCAACAACGAUCUGGAUGUCAUCGCCAUUCGAGAGGGUAUCAGAUACGCCUAUGAUGUCUUGAAGAAUGGGGAUGGGUUCAAGGACAUCAUUUUGGACGAAUAUCCUUGGGUGAUGCCAUUACACGACGACGAGAUGAUGAAACGGACUGUCCUGGACCGCUCGCAGACCUCAUUCCAUCCUUGCGGCACUGCACGCCUGUCGAAGAACAUUCAACAGGGCGUGGUGGAUCCCAAUCUUAAGGUCCAUGGGAUCAAGAAUCUCCGAGUCGUGGAUGCUUCUGUGAUUCCUGUCAUUCCUGACUGUCGAAUCCAGAACUCGGUUUACAUGGUGGCUGAGAAGGGCGCAGAUGCGAUCAAGCGUGCCCAUAAAGAUAUCUAUACUUAG